AUGGGCAGCGAGUCCUCGUACAACACGGACAGGGAGUCCUGGUACAACACGGACAGAGGGUCCUGGUACAACACGGACAGGGGGUCCUGGUACAACACGGACAGAGAGUCCUGGUACAACACGAGCAGCGAGUCCUGGAACAACAUGGGCAGUGAGUCCCCGAACAACAUGGGCAGCGAGUCCUCGUACAACACGGACAGAGAGUCCUGGUACAACACGGGCAGCGAGUCCUGGUACAACACGGGCAGUGAGUCCCCGAACAACAAGGACAGGGAGUCCUGGUACAACACGGACAGGGAGUCCUGGUACAACACGGACAGAGAGUCCUGGUACAACACGGACAGGGAGUCCUGGAACAACACUGACAGGGGGUCCUGGUACAACAAGGACAGGGAGUCCCGGUACAACAAGGACAGGGAGUCCUGGUACAACAACAACACGGACAGGGGGUCCUGGUACAACAAGGACAGGGGUUCCUGGUACAACACGGACAGGGGGUCCUGGUACAACAAGGACAGGGGGUCCUGGUACAACACGGACAGGGAGUCCUGGUACAACAAGUACAGGGGGUCCUGGUACAACACGGACAGAGAGUCCUGGAACAACACGGACAAGGAGUCAUGGAACAACACGGACAGGGAGUCCUGGGAGUCCUGGAACAACACUGACAGGGAGUCCCAGUACAACACGGACAGGGAGUCCCAGUACAACACGGACAGGGGGUCCUGGUACAACAAGGACAGGGAGACCUGGUACAACACGGACAGAGAGUCCUGGUACAACACAGACAGGGGGUCCUGGUACAACACGGACAGGGGGUCCUGGUACAACAAGGACAGGGAGACCUGGUACAACACGGACAGAGAGUCCUGGUACAACACAGACAGAGAGUCCCGGUACAACACCGGCAGCGAAUCCCAGAACAACACGGGCAGCAAGACCUGGUACAACACGGGUAGUGACUCCUGGUUUAACACGGGCAGCGAGUCCCGGGAGUCCUGGUACAACACGGACAGGGAGUCCUGGUACAACACGGACAGGGAGUCCUGGUACAACACGGAAAGGGAAUCCCGGUACAACACGGACAGGGAGUCCUGGUAUAACACGGAUAGGGAGUCCUGGUACAACACGGAAAGGGAGUCCCGGUACAACACGGACAGAGAGUUCCGGUACAACACGGACAGGGAGUCCUGGCACAACACGGACAGGGAGUCCUGGUACAACACGGAUAGGGAGUCCUGGUACAACACGGAAAGGGAGUCCCGGUACAACACGGACAGAGAGUUCCGGUACAACACGGACAGGGAGUCCUGGUACAACACGGACAGGGAGUCCUGGUACAACACGGACAGGGAGUCCUGGUACAACACGGACAGAGAGUCCCGGGAGUCCUGGUACAACACGGACAGGGAGUCCUGGUACAACACGGACAGGGAGUCCUGGUACAACACGGACAGGGAGUCCUGGUACAACACGGACAGGGAGUCCUGGUACAACACGGACAGGGAGUCCUGGUACAACACGGACAGGGAGUCCUGGUACAACACGGACAGGGAGUCCUGGUACAACACGGACAGGGAGUCCUGGUACAACACGGACAGGGAGUCCUGGUACAACACGGACAGGGAGUCCUGGUACAACACGGACAGGGAGUCCUGGUACAACACGGACAGGGAGUCCUGGUACAACACGGACAGGGAGUCCUGGUACAACACGGACAGGGAGUCCUGGUACAACACGGACAGAGAGUUCCGGUACAACACGGACAGGGAGUCCUGGUACAACACGGACAGGGAGUCCUGGUACAACACGGACAGGGAGUCCUGGUACAACACGGACAGAGAGUUCCGGUACAACACGGACAGAGAGUCCUGGUACAACACGGACAGAGAGUUCCGGUACAACACGGACAGAGAGUUCCAGUACAACACGGACAGAGAGUCCUGGUACAACACGGACAGAGAGUUCCGGUACAACACGGACAGAGAGUCCCGGUACAACACGGACAGAGAGUCCUGCGAGUCCCCGAACAACACGGGCAGCGGGUCCCCGAACAACAUGGGCAGUGAGUCCCGGAACAACACGGACAGCGAGUCCCGGAACAACACGGGCAAUGAGUCCCGGUACAACACGGGCAGCGAGUCCCCGAACAACACGGGCAGCGAGUCCCCGAACAACAGGACAGCGGGUCCCUGA